GACUGGAAACCCUAGCCAGUGAGACAUCCAUCGAUCGAGAGGAGCGCGAGGCGAGCAACGCGCUCACGGAAGAAUCUCCGUGAAUGCGCCUAAGAGCAGCACUGGAUUUGGCUCCAUCCGGCGUGCAUUCAAGGCUGGCGCUGGCGCAUUCGCCACUCCCAGGUACAAAGAUUUCUCGCCCGCAGCGGAGAGUCGAGGGUGAAUCGCUCGAAUCCGCGGCCGAUCGAUGCCCGCGCGGCCUGGCGCCGUGGAACCGAGGGUUUACUUGCCAGAGCUAGAGGUAGAAAGGAGCUAGGAAGGGGAAGAUCCAGGGAAUGGCGGCGCUGGACGGGGAGGAGCGUGUUCUAGCCACGGCACAGCACAUUGUGAGAUCGCUGGGAACCACAGAUGCCACGACCGACGACAUGAUAGAGAUCCUCUCCAAGUUUGACAAUCGCUUCCACGAGCUCCUCUCCAAGAAGACGAUCGCGAGCGCUUCUUCGACGUCGGUGCUCCCGGAUGGCUUCGCGGAUAGCCUGGAUGCCGCGGAGGAGGUGAUCAUGCGCUGGGACAAGGCCUCCUCCGACGCUGCGUGGACGAAGAUGAUCUGGGAUUCGAAUGACGACGCUGUGGACUACCUCCACGCCGUGGACGAGGUCCAGAACAUCUUGGAGAGCUUGUCACUCUCGCAGAGAAGAGCCGGGGUGGAGCGAGCGCAGAAUUUGCUCCACGUCUCCAUGGCUCGGUUGGAGGACGAGUUUAGAUGCCUGCUCGAGACGACGAGCGGGCCAGUGGAUCCAGAGCGGCUGCUCGACUCCUUCGCGAGCUCGUCCAUGGCUGCUGCUGCGUCCUCGUCUUUCAACUCCAACUGUGACGACGAUGGUGAAGGGUCUUCCAUCGCGGGGACCUACCGCGACGAGGAGGGCGAGAACAGCUCCGACGAUGACAACGACGAGGACGUUCCUGUUGCUCGGCCAGUGACCGACUUGAAUCCGGUGAUCGAGCUCCUGCCACCCGACGUGGUGGAGAGUCUCAACGAUAUCGCGAAGAGGCUCGUCCAGGGGCACUGCAAGCUCGAGUGCUGCCAGAUUUACGGCAGCGUGAGAAAGGUGGUGCUGGAGGAGAGCCUACAGCGGCUGGGGAUGGACAGGCUCGGCAUCGACGAGACGCAGCGGAUGCCGUGGGAGCUGCUCCAGAACAAGAUCAAGAAGUGGAUCCAAGUCAUGGACGUUGGCGUCAAGGUGCUGUUCGCGAGCGAGCGGCAGCUGUGCGACCAGGUGUUGGAAGGCAUCCCCGGCGGGGUGGAGGAGAGCUGCUUCGCGGAGCUGGCCAAGGGGAUCAUGAUGCAGCUGCUGUGCUUCGGCGAGGCGGUGGCCAUCGGCAAGCGGGAGACGGACAAGCUCAUCACCAUCCUCGACAUGUACGAGAAGCUGCGGGACUUGCUGCCGGAGAUCCACUCCAUCUUUUCCGGGGAGAGCUGCCUGAGCGUCCGAGAGGAGGCGUCCGGGGUGCUGCUGCGGCUGGGGGAGGCCGCCAAGGGGACGUUCGCCGAGUUUGAGAACGCGGUCCAGCGAGAUCCUCCAAAGACGCCGGUGCCUCGAGGAGCGCUCCAUCCGCUCACUCGCUUCGUGAUGAACUACCUGCGCUUCCUCCUGGUUUACGUCGACACGCUCAAGAAGCUCUUCGGGGAGAAGCCGGCGGUGCCAGUGGUUCCCGGUGACGAGUUUGCUCGCGGCGGCGGUGGCUACUACGGUAGCAGCGACGAGUACUACCACCACCACCACCAGUACUCGAGCGUCCCUGCGGAGAACACGUCCCCGCUCGCGGUCCAGUUCAUCUGGAUCAUCCACCUCCUCGAGGCCAACUUAGACAACAAGUCCAAGCUCUACAAGGAUCUGGCGCUCACGAACCUCUUCCUCAUGAACAACGUGAGAUACAUCGUCCAGAAGGUGCGUCACUCGGAGCUGAGCUCGCUGCUGGGCGACGACUGGAUGCGCCGCCACUCGGCGCAGGUCCGGCAGCACGCCAAGAGCUACGAGCGAUCGGCGUGGGUGAAAGUUCUUGCCUGCCUCAAGGACGAGGGGAUACGAUCCGGGGGGAGCUUCUCCACCGGGGUGUCCAAGGCGGUGCUCAAGGAGAGAUUCAAGAGCUUCAACAGCGCGUUGGAGGAGAUCCACCGGACGCAGUCGGGGUGGUGCGUCCCGGACUCGCAGCUGCGGUCGGAGCUGCGGAUCUCGGUGGCGGAGAAGCUCAUCCAGGGGUACCGCGCGUUCCUGGGGCGGUAUAAGAUCUACCUCGAGAGCGAGAGGAAUCCGCAAAAGUAUAUCAAGUAUACGCCCGAGGAGCUGGAGAAGAUGGUGAACGAUCUGUUCGGUGGCUCCUAGGAAAGACAGUAUAAGACCUAAGGUUUAACGGCAUCUUUUCAGAA